GAUGUACCUAGCUAAGAUUGCUGAUGCUCAGCCACCACCACCACCACCUCAGCCACAGCCACAGAGGACGACGACACCGCCACCACCACCAAAUGUUCAGAUGGCGUCGAUGCAACAGGAGCAGCAGCAACAACAACAACACUACAUGCAGGCAUAACAAGGUCAAAUUGAAUGGCCCCAGCAGCAGCAGCAGCAACAGCAACCAAUGUACCUUCAAGCUCUUCGACAUCCUUUUCAGAUGAACAACCCAAAGCAGCAGCAGCAGCUGCUACAACGCUCUGAUCCAAUGAGCACCAGUAUAUGUCUUGACUUCCACUAAGCUUUUCUGAAAUGUCGCAGUCAAUGUACUUUGAACAACACCAGAACUUAUCUCCGUCGAUCCCCCUCCCUUUUUAGGCUAAGCCCCAUGCUUGUUGAUUUUGUGAAGCAACUUUGUGUUGGUCAAGUGGCUCUAUUUCCAGAUUCAAAGUUCAAGUACACCCAAGGGAACGGGCUUAGCUAAUCCAUGGACAUCAUAGGCAGAAUUCAAGGGAAUUCAGUAAUAAAAGGCCAUCAAGGAGGAAAUGGUGCUAGGAAAAUGCAACGUUAUGCAAAGGAACCACCCAACGUAUUCCAGUCAUUGUAGCAGGCAGCUGUAGCAACUGCAGGCACCGAACAGCUGAAAACCCCCACAGCCCACAAGUAUUAGGGUAAGACAAUAGGCGCAUUAGAAAGAAAAUAACUUUGGAGUGUAAUUUGGAAGUCCCUCGAUCAAGCUUGUUGAUCCACUUAUGACUUAACUUAUCUACUAAAGCCAAGCCAACGUCACAUAAAUUUUAAGGGAAGACGAGGCAAGAGGGAAAGGCACCCAUCUGGGUGCAACAGAGAAUUAACAACUUCUAUGUUGUUCCCAGAGAAAGGAAAUAAGCAGAUAUAGACAAACUGCAUACUCACUCAAAAAUCGUCAGAUUACCUUCUGAUUGGAUUAUUGAUCAGCAUUAAAGAGAGAAAUGACUUAGCUAACUAAUGCAAGACAUUAGUUAUAAGACUUAGUAUGCCCCACAAAACUAUUCUACUUCUCCUGAUAACACCUAUUCUCUUAUCUAUACAGAACUACCGAUUUUAGCCAAACUCAACUGCAGCACACCCAACUACGUUUAACUGGAACAUUGGUGUUAGCAUAAUUUUAGAACAAAGCCGAAAACUCCCUGAUCUUUCCCUACGAUAUUUCAGGAUUGUGCAAGAGUGAAAGGGCUAACCAGAAAAGAUAGGACUUCCAAAUUCAACAACAUGCAGAAGUCUCAAUGAAGUUGAAGCAUCAACAUUCUGAGGAAAUUCAAGGGAAUUCAGUGAUAAAAGACCUAACGUUAUGCAAAGCAACCACCGAACGUAUUCCAGUCAUUGUAGCUUUUCAUCACUGCAUAUACGAAGUGCAGAGAUACUAUUGCAACAGAAUGUCCAUGACGCAGCGAGACAGAAAAUCCUUUUCGGUUUUGUAAACACAGCAAAAGACAGUGCAGAAAAACAACGAAAUAGAUAACGCAAAACAAAUAGGUAUAUACUCACCAUACUGAAGACAACAAAUAAACAAAUUUCCCGAAAGACCAUGUUUUUCCUCAACAUCCAAUAAGUUAAUCGUUCAUAUUCCAGCAGAUAAGUAUUCCCAAAAGAUUUCCUUCACUCAACAAAACCACAACCGGCCACUGAUAUGCCGGAGUAUCCUCCACAAGGACGCAUACAGUUCGACAUUACCUCCUAGAAGACCAAAGAAUUACUAUCAUCAUUCAAUAGAUCCAAACUGUUUUCCCAUACAUAAUUCCGUGUUCUCUGUCUCGAUGCUUACAGUGGCAAAAGAAACACAAAAUCAAUAACUCAUCAACUGACAGAUAAUGUCUAUGCCCUUUAUCAGAAAGAAAUAAACCAUCUCGGCAACAAGAGUUUUGGAAGGGAUUCUAGACUGUACCUUCUCUGCUGCUUCCCCACAAAACUGUAAUUAGGUCAGCAUGAGUUGCAACCUUGCUCUGACCACUGAUGUCCACACUGGAUCAUUCCAAAUCAGCUCCCACAUUUAUAUCCUGAGUAUUAUCCUUCGAUUUGCUUAGUAUCUUCACGUUUGACAUGCAACCAGGGCCACCAAAACUAGCACCAUUUAGGUGGCUGGAGUCUGUAGAAGGAAACUUUUUGGCCCGGUGAGACUGCACCAUUGGGUUAGGGAGAUGGUAGGCAAGAAAGACGAGUAAAGAGUGGAGAAUGCA